AAAAAAGUAAAAAACCAGAAAGAACCCCAACGAUUUGCUAAACUCAGAAUUUGAGGAGAGAGAGAGAGAGAGAGAGAGAGAAGAUGGAGACGUCGGGGCAGUGGUUACAGAAGGCGUUGGUGGAUCUAUGUCAAAGGAUAGAAACGGGUUUGGGUUUGGGUAUGGAUAUUGAUAUGAUAUCCGGGUUGGUCUCUUACUGUGAACUUGCUCAUCCCCAAGACGCCAAAGAGUACCUGGACAAUAUAAUUGGCCAGGAAGCGGGCAAAAGUGUUAUAGAUGAAUAUUUACAGCGGAGAGGCCACUCAGAUGUCGGUAGCAGCACCCCAAAUGUCCCAACUUCAAAAUUACAAGCCUAUGUCAAACCACGCUCUGAUGAAGCAUCUGUCAGUGGAACCAGGAAACCUAAAGCACCAAAAGUGGUUUCAGUCCCCAGUUCCCAGGCAGAACCAAAAAAACAUAUGGUGUCUAGUCAUCAGGAAAACCAGGUCUCAUCAGAGACUAAUGAGUCAAGAACCAUGCAGAAAGGGAACCAAGUUAGUUCUAAAAAGAAGAAAGCUGGGAAAGUUAUUUCACUUGCAGAGGCUGCCAAAGGGUCAAUCGUAUUCCAGCAGGGGAAACCAUGCUCAUGCCAAGCUCGUCGCCACAAACUGGUCAGCAAUUGUUUAUCUUGUGGCAAGAUAGUUUGUGAGCAAGAGGGAGAGGGCCCUUGCAGUUUUUGUGGUUCCCUUGUGCUGAAGGAAGGGAGCACAUAUGCUGGUCUAGAUGAAAGUUUGCCUCUUCAAUCAGAUGCUGAAGCAACUGCUGAAGCUUAUGCAAAGAGGCUUGUUGAAUAUGACCGGGACUCUGCAGCACGUACAACAGUUAUUGAUGACCAAAGUGACUACUAUGAAAUUGAGGGGAACAGUUGGUUGUCAAAGGAGGAAAAGGAACUUCUAAAGAAGAAGCAAGAAGAGAUUGAAGAAGCUGAACGGGCCAAACGAAAUAAAGUGGUUGUGACUUUUGACUUGGUUGGCCGCAAGGUUCUUUUGAACGAGGAUGAUGUUUCAGAAUUAGAAUCAGAGAAUAGAAUAUUACGGCCACCUGAUGAACGAGAAGUGAACCGGAUUAAACCAAACCCAACUCUUAGAGUCCAACCAGUCUUUGUGGACCCAGGCCCCAGUAAGAAGCCUGAUAAAGGUAGACAACCAAACAAGGGCCUAACCAAUGGCAUAUGCUUGGAGAUAACAGGGAGGGUGCAGCACGAUAGCAAUGAAUUGAAACAUUUUAUGAAGGACAAGCAAACUGAAACAGCUUCAAGUGGGAAAAUUUGGCAAGUGCCAUCAGUAAAUGGGGGUCUGCAUGCGAAAGAUGAUGGUGAAUGUUCUCUAGAUUAUUAUUGAGGUAUAUAUAUCCUGAUUACUUGAAGUUUUGUGCUUUCUUUCUAACAUGUUUCAAUACAAUGGCAAGAAAAUUUUUCUGAAAAGGGUUACUGGGCAUGCCAGUUUGAUACCAUGGUUCAAUGUUGUUUUUGUGGACCUGAAAAUAGAUGAAUGAAAUACAAAAGUUUUGGAAUGCCA